AGUCUCGCCGGCGUCCCCGCCCGCACACUCGCGCACACUCGCGCUCGGGCGCACACGGAGCAGGGACCGGCGCCCGGAGCGAGCCAGGGAGCGGCGAACCGGGGACCCACCGCGCGGAGCCAGCCUAGCUUCCAGCGAGCCCAACCCGCGACGACCCACGCCCCCGAGCCCCGCAGCCGACCCCUGCCGGCCGGUGUCCCCACCGCCAUCCCUGACCCAUGGCGCUGAAGCGGAUUCAGAAAUUAUACAGACAUAAAGUAUACAGCUUGACCAAUUUUUACAAAGUGAACAAACCUGUGAAACCAGCACCCAGCUCAAGAAAUAGUAUUACAAGGACCCUAGAAACCCUUUCUUCUCCCUUCUUAGCUUUACCUCUGUCGUCAAGGAAUUAAGUGAUCUACAGCGCGAUCCACCUGCUCACUGUUCAGCUGGACCUGUGGGAGAUGACUUGUUCCACUGGCAAGCCACUAUUAUGGGGCCUCCUGAUAGCGCGUAUCAAGGUGGAGUCUUCUUUCUCACUGUACAUUUUCCGACAGAUUAUCCUUUUAAACCACCAAAGAUCGCUUUCACAACAAAAAUUUACCAUCCAAACAUAAACAGUAAUGGAAGUAUUUGUCUCGAUAUUCUGAGGUCACAAUGGUCACCAGCUCUGACUGUAUCAAAAGUUUUAUUGUCCAUAUGUUCUCUACUUUGUGAUCCUAAUCCAGAUGACCCCUUAGUACCAGAUAUUGCACAAAUCUAUAAAUCAGAUAAAGAAAAAUACAACAGACAUGCAAGAGAAUGGACUCAGAAAUAUGCAAUGUAAAAAUCAAAAACAUUUUCAUAUAUACCAGAGUACUGUAAAAUCUAGGUUUUUUUCAACAUUAGCAGUAAAUUGAGCACUGUUUACUGUUUCAUUGUACCAUGAAACCAUUUGAUUUUUACCCAUUUUAAAUGUGUUUCUGAAGCAAGACAAAACAAACUUCCAAAAAUACCCUUAAGACUGUGAUGAGAGCAUUUAUCAUUUUGUAUGCAUUGAGAAAGACAUUUAUUAUGGUUUUUAAGACACUUGGACAUCUGCAUCUUCAGCUUACAAGAUCUACAAUGCAGCUGAAAAGCAACCAAAUUAUUUUUUGCUGAAACUAGAUGUUUUUACAUGAGAAAUACUGUAUGUGUUGUCUAAGAUGUCAGUUUUAUAAAUCUGUAUUCAGAUUUCAUUCUUUGUUAGCUCACUUUAUAAUUUGUAUUUUUUUACUGUAUAGACUAAAUAUAUUCUAUUUACAUGUACGUCAACUCAUUACUUUUUUCCUGUGAACAGUAUUGAAAAACCCCAAUGGCUGAUAAUUAAGUGAAUUAACUGUGUCUCCCUUGUCUUAGGAUAUUCUGUAGAUUGAUUGCAGAUUUCUUAAAUCUGAAAUGAUCUUUACACUGUAAUUCUCAGCAUACUGAUUAUGGAGAAACACUUGUUUUGAUUUUGUUAUACUUGACUUAACUUUAUUGCAAUGUGAAUUAAUUGCACUGCUAAGUAGGAAGAUGUGUAACUUUUAUUUGUUGCUAUUCACAUUUGAAUUUUUUCCUGUAUAGGCAAUAUUAUAUUGACACCUUUUACAGAUCUUACUGUAGCUUUUUCCAUAUAAAUAAAAUGCUUUUUCUACUA